AUGAACAGUUUCAAGAUAGAGGCACAAAAUGAAAUCGGAACAAGAGGUGGAUCAAAGGAUGAAGUUGAUGAAAAGGCUGAAAGAAGAAGGAAAUCAUUUGAGAGCUCAAAGACAUUUAAGAAUGCUGCUCAGCAGGUUGUUAUGAAUCUUGUCAAUAACUUUAGAUCAGCAAAUAGAGAUCAAAUUGUAAAUGUUUGCAUGGCUGCUCUUAACUAUGCUGCUAAAGUCGUUGGUUCUAAUCAGAAAUUCUCAUUUAAUACAGGUGUUGAUUUCAUUGGACGUAUUUCACAAUAUUACAUGCCAGGUGUUGUAAGUCCAUCCGGCGGAGCUGUUCCACAACGUAAACGUGUCAAACAAGAACUUCCAAUGCCCCCAUCACCAGGGCAAAUGAGUAUUCCAAGACAAAUGGCUCCACUUUCCGCAAGACAAGCUGCACCACCACCACGACCAAGACAACAGUUUGAAGAAGUUCCAUUAACAGCAGAUGUUAACAAUUAUAGAAAUGGUGAUGAUGCUGAUAGUUGGGAUGAAGCAAGGGCAAGACAACUUGAAAAUGAAGCUUUUGAUGAAGAUGAUGAACCAGCUCCCCCAUCAAAUAUCCAUCCACAAGCUUAUUACGAGUAUUAA